GGAGCACGGAGCAGGAGGUAUGUCUACUGGAAAAGGCAGGGGCGAUGCUGUGCACUGCUCAAUUCCUUUGAGGUAGAAGACAGCCACAAGGGUACAGCACUUUCUUAUGCAAGGAGCUAAACAGUGAUUAAAGAAGCAGGAUGAAAAGAUGGCACAAUCAGUGCUGGUACCGCCAGGACCUGACAGCUUCCGCUUCUUUACCAGGGAAUCCCUUGCUGCUAUUGAACAACGCAUUGCAGAAGAGAAAGCCAAGAGACCCAAGCAGGAGCGCAAGGAUGAGGAUGAUGAAAAUGGCCCAAAGCCAAAUAGUGACUUGGAAGCAGGAAAGUCUCUUCCAUUUAUUUAUGGAGACAUUCCUCCAGAGAUGGUGUCAGAGCCUCUGGAGGACCUGGACCCCUACUAUCUUAAUAAGAAAACAUUUAUAGUAUUGAAUAAAGGGAAAGCAAUCUCUCGGUUCAGUGCCACCCCUGCCCUGUACAUUUUAACUCCCUUCAACCCUAUUAGAAAAUUAGCUAUAAAGAUUUUGGUACAUUCUUUAUUCAAUGUGCUCAUUAUGUGCACUAUUCUGACCAACUGUGUGUUUAUGACCAUGAGUAACCCUCCCGACUGGACAAAGAAUGUGGAGUACACCUUUACAGGAAUUUAUACUUUUGAAUCACUUAUUAAAAUACUUGCAAGGGGCUUUUGUUUAGAAGAUUUCACAUUUCUACGGGAUCCAUGGAAUUGGCUGGAUUUCACAGUCAUUACUUUUGCAUAUGUGACAGAGUUUGUGGACUUGGGCAAUGUCUCAGCGUUGAGAACAUUCAGAGUUCUCCGAGCACUGAAAACAAUUUCAGUCAUUCCAGGCCUGAAGACCAUAGUGGGAGCCCUGAUCCAGUCGGUGAAGAAGCUCUCUGACGUCAUGAUCCUGACCGUGUUCUGUCUGAGCGUGUUUGCUCUCAUAGGGCUGCAGCUGUUCAUGGGCAACCUGAGGAACAAGUGUUUGCAGUGGCCCCCAGAUAACUCUUCCUUUGAAGUAAACAUUACUUCUCUCUUUAAUAACUCACUGGAUGGAAAUGGCACCACUUUCAACAGGACAAUGAAUAUGUUCAACUGGGAUGAGUAUAUCGAGGAUAAAAGUCACUUUUAUUUUUUGGAAGGGCAAAAUGAUGCUCUGCUUUGUGGCAACAGCUCAGAUGCAGGCCAGUGCCCAGAAGGUUACAUUUGUGUGAAGGCUGGUAGGAAUCCCAACUAUGGCUACACGAGCUUUGACACCUUUAGUUGGGCCUUCUUGUCCUUAUUUCGCCUCAUGACUCAAGACUUUUGGGAAAACCUUUAUCAACUGACCUUACGUGCUGCAGGAAAAACAUACAUGAUAUUUUUUGUGCUGGUUAUUUUCUUGGGCUCAUUCUACCUAAUAAAUCUGAUCCUGGCUGUGGUGGCCAUGGCCUAUGAGGAACAGAAUCAGGCCACCCUGGAAGAGGCUGAACAGAAAGAAGCUGAGUUUCAGCAGAUGCUUGAGCAGUUGAAAAAGCAGCAAGAAGAAGCUCAGGCAGCAGCUGCAGCGGCCUCCGCUGAAUCCAGGGAUUUCAGUGGCGCGGGCGGGGUUGGCGUUUUCUCCGAGAGUUCUUCGGUGGCAUCGAAGUUGAGCUCCAAGAGUGAGAAAGAGUUGAAAAACAGAAGAAAGAAAAAGAAGCAGAAAGAACAGUCCGGAGAAGAAGAGAAGACGGAGGUAGUCAGAAAAUCUGAAUCUGAAGACAGCAUAAGAAGAAAAGGUUUCCGCUUUUCCUUAGAAGGAAGUAGGCUGACAUAUGAAAAGAGGUUUUCUUCUCCACACCAGUCAUUAUUGAGCAUCCGCGGCUCCCUUUUCUCUCCAAGACGCAACAGUAGGGCAAGCCUUUUCAGCUUCAGAGGGAGAACAAAGGAUAUUGGCUCUGAAAAUGACUUUGCUGAUGAUGAGCACAGUACUUUUGAGGACAAUGACAGCCGAAGAGACUCUCUGUUUGUGCCACACAGGCAUGGAGAACGACGUCACAGCAAUGUGAGCCAGGCUAGCCGCACCUCCAGGGUGCUCCCCAUUCUGCCCAUGAAUGGGAAGAUGCAUAGUGCUGUGGAUUGUAAUGGAGUGGUAUCUCUGGUUGGGGGACCUUCUGCCCUCACAUCUCCCACAGGACAGCUCCUGCCAGAGGGCACAACUACUGAAACAGAAAUAAGAAAGCGACGAUCCAGUUCUUAUCAUGUUUCCAUGGAUUUGUUGGAAGAUCCCAAUUCAAGGCAAAGAGCAAUGAGUAUAGCGAGUAUUUUAACCAACACCAUGGAAGAACUUGAAGAAUCAAGACAGAAAUGUCCACCUUGUUGGUAUAAGUUUGCUAACAUGUGCUUGAUUUGGGACUGCUGCAAACCAUGGCUAAAAGUGAAACAUCUUGUCAACCUGGUCGUGAUGGACCCUUUUGUUGACCUGGCCAUCACCAUCUGCAUUGUCUUAAAUACUCUCUUCAUGGCCAUGGAGCACUAUCCAAUGACAGAGCAGUUCAGCAGUGUAUUGUCUGUUGGAAAUCUGGUCUUCACUGGGAUCUUCACUGCAGAAAUGUUUCUCAAGAUCAUUGCCAUGGAUCCAUAUUAUUACUUUCAAGAGGGCUGGAAUAUUUUUGAUGGUUUUAUUGUGAGCCUUAGUUUAAUGGAACUGGGUUUAGCCAAUGUGGAAGGGUUGUCCGUUCUUCGAUCAUUUCGUCUGCUCAGAGUUUUCAAGUUGGCAAAGUCCUGGCCCACACUAAAUAUGCUGAUUAAGAUCAUUGGCAAUUCCGUGGGGGCGCUGGGAAAUCUCACCUUGGUGUUAGCCAUCAUUGUCUUCAUUUUUGCCGUGGUCGGCAUGCAGCUCUUUGGUAAGAGCUACAAAGAAUGUGUCUGCAAGAUCUCCAAUGAUUGUGAACUUCCUCGCUGGCACAUGCAUGACUUCUUCCAUUCCUUCCUGAUUGUGUUCCGCGUGCUGUGUGGAGAGUGGAUAGAGACCAUGUGGGACUGCAUGGAGGUCGCUGGUCAAACCAUGUGCCUUACUGUCUUCAUGAUGGUCAUGGUGAUUGGAAACCUAGUGGUUCUGAACCUGUUUCUGGCCUUGCUCUUAAGUUCCUUCAGUUCUGACAACCUUGCUGCCACUGAUGAUGACAACGAAAUGAACAACCUCCAGAUUGCUGUGGGAAGGAUGCAGAAAGGAAUUGAUUUUGUUAAAAGAAAAAUACGUGAAUUUAUUCAGAAAGCUUUUGUUAGAAAGCAGAAAGCUCUAGAUGAAAUUAAACCUCUUGAAGAUCUAAAUAACAAAAAAGACAGCUGCAUUUCCAACCAUACCACCAUAGAAAUAGGCAAGGAUCUUAACUAUCUCAAAGACGGAAAUGGCACUACCAGUGGCAUAGGCAGCAGUGUAGAGAAGUAUGUCGUGGACGAAAGUGAUUACAUGUCAUUUAUAAACAACCCCAGCCUCACAGUGACGGUGCCAAUUGCUGUUGGGGAAUCUGACUUUGAAAACUUGAAUACUGAAGAAUUCAGCAGUGAAUCAGAUAUGGAAGAAAGCAAAGAGAAGCUAAAUGCAACUAGUUCAUCAGAAGGCAGCACUGUGGACAUUGGAGCUCCCGCCGAGGGAGAACAACCUGAAGCUGAACCUGAAGAAUCCCUUGAACCUGAAGCCUGUUUUACAGAAGACUGUGUACGGAAGUUCAAGUGCUGUCAAAUAAGCAUAGAAGAAGGCAAAGGGAAACUCUGGUGGAACCUGCGAAAAACUUGCUAUAAGAUAGUGGAGCACAAUUGGUUUGAAACCUUCAUUGUCUUCAUGAUUCUGCUCAGCAGUGGGGCUCUGGCCUUUGAAGAUAUUUACAUUGAACAGCGAAAAACCAUUAAGACCAUGUUAGAAUAUGCUGACAAGGUGUUCACAUAUAUAUUCAUCCUAGAGAUGCUUUUAAAGUGGGUUGCAUAUGGUUUUCAAAUGUAUUUUACCAAUGCCUGGUGCUGGUUAGACUUCCUUAUUGUUGAUGUUUCAUUGGUUAGCUUAACUGCCAAUGCUUUGGGUUAUUCAGAACUUGGUGCCAUCAAAUCCCUCAGAACACUAAGAGCCCUGAGACCAUUGAGGGCCUUAUCCCGCUUUGAAGGAAUGAGGGUGGUUGUAAAUGCUCUUUUAGGAGCCAUCCCAUCCAUAAUGAAUGUCCUACUGGUCUGUCUGAUCUUUUGGCUAAUAUUCAGUAUCAUGGGAGUGAAUCUUUUCGCUGGCAAGUUUUACCACUGCAUUAACUUCACCACAGGAGAGAUGUUUGAUGUAAGCGUAGUCAACAACUACAGUGAAUGUCAAGCCCUCAUAGAAAGCAAUCAAACAGCAAGGUGGAAAAACGUGAAAGUGAACUUUGACAACGUGGGACUUGGAUAUCUUUCCCUGCUCCAAGUAGCCACAUUUAAAGGAUGGAUGGAUAUCAUGUAUGCAGCUGUCGACUCAAGAAAUGUAGAAUUGCAACCCAAGUAUGAAGACAAUCUGUAUAUGUACCUUUAUUUUGUCAUCUUCAUCAUUUUUGGUUCAUUUUUUACCUUGAAUCUUUUCAUUGGUGUCAUUAUAGAUAACUUCAACCAACAGAAAAAGAAGUUUGGAGGUCAGGACAUUUUUAUGACAGAAGAACAGAAGAAAUACUACAAUGCAAUGAAAAAACUUGGUUCAAAGAAGCCACAAAAACCCAUACCUCGACCUGCUAACAAAUUCCAAGGCAUGGUCUUUGAUUUUGUCACCAAGCAAGUCUUUGACAUCAGCAUCAUGAUCCUCAUUUGCCUCAACAUGGUCACCAUGAUGGUGGAAACGGACGACCAGAGUCAAGAAAUGACAAAUAUUCUGUACUGGAUUAAUCUGGUGUUUAUUGUGCUGUUCACUGGAGAAUGUGUGCUAAAGCUAAUUUCCCUUCGCUACUAUUAUUUCACAAUUGGAUGGAAUAUUUUUGAUUUUGUUGUGGUCAUUCUCUCCAUUGUCGGCAUGUUUCUCGCUGAGCUGAUAGAGAAAUAUUUUGUGUCACCUACCCUGUUCCGCGUGAUCCGACUGGCCAGGAUUGGCCGAAUCCUACGUCUGAUCAAAGGAGCAAAGGGGAUCCGUACCCUGCUCUUUGCUUUGAUGAUGUCCCUUCCUGCGUUGUUUAACAUCGGCCUCCUGCUCUUCCUGGUCAUGUUCAUCUACGCCAUCUUCGGGAUGUCCAACUUUGCCUAUGUUAAGAGGGAAGUAGGGAUCGAUGACAUGUUCAACUUUGAGACCUUUGGCAACAGCAUGAUCUGCCUGUUCCAGAUAACCACCUCUGCUGGCUGGGAUGGACUGCUAGCACCUAUCCUCAAUAGUGGCCCACCCGACUGUGACCCUGAGAAAGAUCACCCUGGGAGCUCUGUUAAAGGAGACUGCGGGAACCCAUCCGUUGGGAUUUUCUUUUUUGUCAGUUACAUCAUCAUAUCCUUCCUGGUGGUGGUGAACAUGUACAUCGCUGUCAUCCUGGAGAACUUCAGUGUUGCUACCGAGGAAAGUGCAGAGCCCCUGAGUGAGGAUGACUUUGAGAUGUUCUACGAGGUCUGGGAGAAGUUUGACCCAGAUGCCACCCAGUUUAUAGAGUUCUCCAAGCUCUCUGAUUUUGCCGCUGCCCUGGAUCCUCCUCUUCUCAUAGCAAAACCAAACAAAGUACAGCUCAUUGCCAUGGACCUGCCCAUGGUCAGUGGCGACCGGAUCCACUGCCUCGACAUUUUGUUUGCUUUUACAAAGCGUGUUUUGGGUGAGAGUGGAGAGAUGGACGCCCUUAGAAUACAGAUGGAAGAACGAUUCAUGGCCUCAAAUCCUUCCAAGGUCUCUUAUGAACCCAUCACAACCACUCUGAAACGCAAGCAAGAGGAAGUGUCUGCUAUCGUUAUCCAGAGGGCUUACAGACGCUACCUCUUGAAGCAAAAGGUUAAAAAGGUUUCAUCUAUAUAUAAGAAAGACAAAAGCAAGGAAGGUGAUGGGACACCUAUUAAAGAAGAGAUCCUCAUUGACAAACUAAAUGAGAAUUCAACUCCAGAGAAAACCGACAUGACACCAUCCACCACUUCUCCACCUUCGUAUGAUAGUGUGACAAAACCAGAAAAGGAAAAAUUUGAAAAAGACAAAUCAGAAAAGGAAGACAAAGGAAAAGAUAUCAGGGAAAGUAAAAAGUAAAAAGAAGCGAAGAGUAUUCCAUUUUGUGAUCAAUUGUUUACAGCCUGUGUUAGUGAUUUAUUUGUGUCCACAGGACUCCCACAGGAAGUCUAUGCCAAACUGACUGUGUUUUCAUAAAUGUGUACUUAAGGUCAGUGCCUAUAACAAGACAGCGACCUCUGGUCAGCAAACGGAGACUCAAUAAACUCGGGAAACAGCGUCAACAGGAGGUUUCUGUUUUCACAACCAGCUGACACUGCUGAAGAGCAGAGACCUAAUGGCUACUCAGACUAUAGGAACCAAUUUCAAAGGGGGAGGGAAGUUCAAUUUGUAUGUAAACUCAAUGCGUGACACUGAUAAUAGUAAUUGUCACCACUGCUUAUGUUUUAACUGCCACCCCUGUCAUAUUUUUACAAAUUGUGUGCUGUGAUUUUAUCACUUUUUUUUUAAAUCCACAGGUUGUUUACUAUUACACGUGACUAUUUUUGUAAACGGGUUUCUGUUUGGGAAGAGGGAGUCAAGGGAGUGAAUCCCCCAUAUCUUUAUUGUAUAACUGGGUGCAUUUUUCAAUCGUGGCAUGUUAUAACUCUCAUUCACACAU